AAUCUUGAGGGUUACUACAAACAAAAGCUCAUACUUCCUUUCCGUUUGAAGAAGGACGGAAAAGAACUUAUCGCGGCCGGGCUAGAUAAUCGACAUGUGAUAACUGUUGGGGCCACGGCGAAGGCGACAUAUUAUCCUCUUGAUUAUCCUGAAUUCAUGAUAAGAUUGGAGGGCAAAAAUACGGCAGUCGUGCCUCAUCCUGACAUAACUGCGCCAGAUUCUGAGGAUGAUCUUGUGAGAGCGGAACAGGAGUUGACUGAUAAACAUCUCAAUGGGCCAAUUGAGAUGAAGGAAGUUAACCCUUACCUCAAGACAGGUGGAAGCAAUCAAAUCCAUACUCGAUUCAUUGAGAAAGUCACGGAAAAGGUGGCGGCUAUCAGAGAUGAUGCGAAGAAGUCUAGUAUUGAGGGCAUUUCCGAACGUCUUGAUCGCGCCAACACGAUUAGUCAACGAAUGAUAUCUCUCAGGAAAGCCUCGACAAAUCAGUGGCUGAUCCAGCAUCUAUCCAGAGACGAUGAUGGCCAUUCAAUCCGUACCACUGUUACGACCGUGGACGACGCAGACACCGGAGUUCCAGGUGAAGACAAGAUAUCCAAAUACCAAACAAUCAACUUUCCAGCAACCUUUGAAGAUCCACUCAACACCGCGAAAAUUAAAGGGAAGAACCUUGAAAGUGGAGUUGAUUUUCAGACCUGGGCCAAUGAGCUUGGGGACGUUUUACCCAGUACCAAUGGUCCUCCGGCGAGCGGCUCGAGUAGGAGCCAUUGGCAAGAGAUCGCCGCUUGGGAGGAUAAAUCUUGGAUAGAUGAGCGUUGA